AUGAGCAGCGCUUUGUUCCGUGACAUUUUCAUGUUCCGAACACGAAACAGAGCGGAAACACAAAUCUUUUCCGGAACAGAAAAGGAACACAAAUCUGUUUCCGGAACAGAAAAGGAACACAAAUCUGUUUCCGGAACAGAAAACGGAACAAAAAGGAAUACGGUCUAUGGGGCAAAGCCCUGCUUGUGGCUUCAUACGACGACAAUUGAAUGA